AUGGCUGAUUUAAUGAAACCCAGAAAAAGGUAUUUGUAUCCAUGCCACUAUAUUCGUUGUGACGGCGCAGAGAUUGAUUUUCGCACUCAAGAAAAUCAUACAAAUGAUGAAAAUAAAUCACAAUUUAAAAAUUUUCCAGCAUCCUUAUAUCUUGCAAAAAAAAUGUUAAAUAUCUUUCAACUAAAAAUGCAGUUAGCUUUAUGCAACAAUUGUCAUAAAUUGUAUAAUAUUAGAAAUAUUAUUGAAUAUAAAGAAGAAGGAAAAGCUGCUAUUGCAAAUUGCCUACAUAAAGAAUUCCCAAAUAAUCCAGUACCUAGUCGUUGUAAUAAAUGCAACAAUCCACUUUCUAUUCUUAAAAAAAGAAAGGGUGAAAUAAUUGCUAUACCUCGUAUGAUUUACCCUAAACCAAAUAUUCGUCAGCAAUUAAGAAAUAAUCUGUUAAAGAUUCCAAAGAAAAAAUAUUUCUAUUAUUUUUUAAGCUUCGAAGCUUAUCAGAAAAAUUUUUUGCAAGUUAACGUUCAGUUCAUAAGUCAAGAAAAGUUCUUAUUGUCACUUUUAAUUUGGAGGUUCCAGAUGGAACCUAUUGAUGGUUUCGAAACUUAA